AGACUUUGUUCACAAUACACACAAACCUACGAAAUAAUCAUGGCAGAAUCGACAAAUAAUAAGCUGAAUGUCCUGAUGGUUGGGACUGGCGAAUAUACUACUGGCUUCGUUAAUGGUUCUGCAUCAACCUCUGAUAAGAAGGUGGGCGUAAUUGGCCUGACUAUGUUUGAUUUGCGUCGUCGCGGCAAAGUUGGCAAGAUUGGCAUUGUAGGCACCAACGGUAAAAAAUUGGGAGCUAUUCGAGAACACUUGAACAAGAAUAUUGGCGAAGUAUACAACAUGGAUACAGCCUUGGAUCACACGAGUCCUGCCGAUGAUCAGGUGGACCCGGAUGCUUACAAGGCGGCCAUUGAUCAGUAUCUGUCACCCGGUGACGCCAUAACUGUAUUCACACCCGAUCCAACUCAUUUUGCAAUUGCAUUGUAUGCGAUUCAACGCGGCAUUCACGUACUAGUGACCAAACCUGCUGUCAAGAUCUUAAGUCAACACCAGGAACUUGUGGAAGAAGCUGACAAGCACGCUGUCGUGGUCAUGGUUGAACAUCACAAGCGCUUCGACCCUGUGUAUCGGGACGCACGUGCCAAGGCGCUGACUUUUGGCGAAUUCAAUUAUUACUACAGCUACAUGAGCCAACCAAAGCGACAGCUGGAUACGUUCCGCGCCUGGGCAGGCAAGGAGUCUGAUAUCAGUUACUACCUAAACUCGCACCACAUCGAUUUCCACUGCUGGGCAUUAGAGGGAAAGGCAGUGCCUUAUCGCGUGGUAGCAUCUGGAUCGAAAGGUGUAGCGACCAGCGCACCUUUCAACCUUACAGAAAACACCGAGGAUACGAUCUCACUCUUGGUGAACUGGCGUUCUACAGCCACUCCUGGUCAUGAAGGCGUCGGUGUAUACACUUCCUCAUGGAUUGCACCCAACAAGAGCGAGGUCCACUCUCAACAACGAUUCCAUUACUUAGGUGCUGGUGGCGAACUCAAUGUCGAUCAAGCGCAUCGAGGUUAUACCGUUACCAACGACGUUAGCGGUCAUGGUCACAUCAAUCCGUUCUUUAUGAAUUAUGCCCCCGAUGAAGAAGGACACUUUGGUGGCCAGACGGCAUAUGGCUAUGUAUCCAUUGAAAAAUUUGUCGACGCAUGUCAAGCCGUCAAUGCCAAACGUUUGACGCCUACUGAUUUGGAUCAACGCAGCAUGCCCACUAUCCGCAACACAGUUUUGGUGACGGCUAUUUUGGAAGCUGGUCGAAUCAGUCUCGAUCAAAACCGAGCUGUUGAAAUUGCUGCUGCUGCAGAUGGUCGAUAUACCCUUGUCUGAAUUAAAUUUUCUUUUUCUAUUUUAGUACAUAGUAUAGCGUUGUUUGUUAUACGAUGAACCCAUGUAUACGUCACUAUGUCUCAUAUUAUCUAAAUUAAGCAGUUUUUGAUCGAAAGACCA